AUGGCGAGAAUCUAUACCCAUUCACUCACUUGCUCCACUAGUUUUGGAUUUGACUUUCAUUCCUCUCAUCGCCUUAUAUUCCCCAGAAGUCUCACUCUUCCGCACUCCAAAACUCAAUCCUCUUGCAAAGCUUGGACUCGAAUGGUUGUAGCCAUGGAUUCUGUUGGAACUGACUCAACUAAGGAAUUGCAUGUUGGCUUGGACUCAGCUACCGAGGAAGAGUAUGCAAAACAGUCAAAGUUACUUAAAGAGUUCUUAAGUGUCCCCAGCAUUGACAAAGCCUGGACAUUUAACUCUGAUUCUGGUACUCAGGUAAUGGUUGCCAUGAGUCAGGCAAGCCUUUUGGCUAAUAAAAGGAGGAAGUUUAUGUUAUCUGGUCAUAUCUCGAAAGAAGAAAGUAGUAACCAAUCUGUAAACUUUCACUGGGCGCCAUUUCCCAUCGAGAUGACUGGUGCUUCAGCUUUUGUCCCGUCUCCAUCUGGUCUGAAGCUCCUUGUCAUUCGUAAUCCCGAAAAUGAAUCUCCUACAAAGUUUGAGAUAUGGAGUUCAUCACAGCUAGAGAACGAGUUUCAUAUUCCACAGAAAGUUCAUGGCUCUGUAUACGUUGAAGGAUGGUUUGAGGGGAUCUCUUGGAACUCAGAUGAGACUCGUGUUGCUUAUGUUGCAGAGGAACCAUCUCGUCCCAAACCUACGUUUGACCAUCUAGGUCAUUACAAGAAAGAAACUUCUUUGGACAAUGAUAUUGGAAGCUGGAAAGGUCAGGGAGAUUGGGAAGAGGAAUGGGGAGAAGCAUAUGCCGGAAAAAGGCAGCCUGCGUUGUUUGUUAUUGAUGUUCACAGUGGAGAAGUUGAGCAUAUCAAAGGAGUUCCAAGAUCGAUAAGUGUUGGACAGGUUGUUUGGAGUCCAAACAUUAAAGGCUCAGCUCAGUACUUAGUUUUUGCUGGAUGGUUAGGAGAUAAAAGAAAGCUUGGUCUCAAGCACUGCUACAACAGACCAUGUGCCAUAUACGCAAUAAGAUGCACAGAACCAAAUGGUGAUGCUAACGAGGCAUUUCCUAUUCAUAAUUUGACUCAAAGCGUAAGCAGCGGGUUUUCCCCACGGUUCAGCAAAGAUGGCAAGUUUCUUCUGUUUUUAUCCGCAAAGGCUGCUGUUGAUUCCGGGGCGCAUUGUUCAACCGAGUCACUUCACAAGAUUAGCUGGCCAAGUGAUGGGAAACUUCCUGAAUCAACGAAUAUCGUUGAUGUGAUUCAAGUUGUGAAUUGUCCUGAUGAUGGUUGUUUUCCUGGUCUCUAUCUUACCGGAUUUCUGAGUGAUCCAUGGCUGUCAGAUGGACAUACUCUUAUGUUGUCUUCUUACUGGCGCAGUUGUAGAGUAAUACUCAGCAUAAAUUUGAUUAGUGGUGAACUCUCACGUGUCAGCCCUAAUGAUUCAGAUUAUUCAUGGAGCGUUCUUGCGCUAGAUGGUGACAAUGUUGUUGCUGUGUGUAGCAGUCCAGUGAGUGUUCCUGAAAUCAAGUACGGAAAGAAAGUUCUUGAUCCAUCUGGGAAGCCUUCAUGGCAUUGGUCAAAUAUCCAAAAACCAAUAUUUAAAUGCUCUGAGAAG